AUGGAAUUUAGCGAGGGACAAAAAGAAUAUUUAAAACAAUUAUUUUCACAAAUGACACAAAAUAUUGAAACCAAAAUCACAACCCAGCUCACAGAAUUUAAAUCGGAAGUUAACGAAUUGCUGGGUACUUGCCAGCAAAAAAUUGAAAAAUUGGAAAGUGAAAAUAAUCAGCUAAGAGAAACAGUCAAAGCACUAGAUAGAAGAAUAAGAAAAAAUAAUAUAGUUAUUUUUGGAAUUGAAACGGAUUAUAAAAAUUUAAAACAAGAAACUCUUGCACUCUUCAGCGAAAAAAUCAAUAUAGAUAUAAAAGAGGAAGACAUUGGAGGUAUAUAUUUUCUGGGACCAAAGCAUAAACAGACUAAGCCCAUUAUUGUCGAAUUUAUUUCUGGUAUAAAAAAAGAUCUUGUGUUUAAAAACGCCUUUAAACUCAAAUCUUCUGGAAUAUCAAUUUCUCAGGAUCUUUCUGCAGAGGACAGAGAAAUUAACAAGACCUUAGUACAACAUUUAAAGGCAGCAAAGAAAAAAGGACUUAAAGCUUAUAUAAGAGGCAGUAAUUUGAUAUUCGGAGAAGAUACCUACACUGUAAAGGAACUUAAAAAAGAUCUAAUUGAAAUCCCCACUGAACCUAAACCUUCCUUACAAAAAAGACCUCUGGAUGAAGACAAUCCUGAAACAGAAUCUUCGGAGUCCAAAAAAACCAAAGGAAAUCUAUCCAGUAUCCGAACACGUCAAUCAAAAUUAUUAUAA